AUGCCUGGAUACUCAAGACUCGAAGUGGAUGUUAAUGAAAACGAAUCAAGAUCGCGAAAGAUCAACAAACUCGAUAAUUCAAAAAAUCUGGAAAAGCCGAUCCAUAUGGCAUUCAAAGAUCAAGCCGCUUUUGGAUACGGCACAAGUAUUCCACCCAACAAUAAUGAGUCAAUUUCUACGGAUACAUCCAGUAAAAGAGUAAUUUUUUGUGUGCAUGGAAAAUUAUCUGGAUGUUGUACAGUUAUUAAAAAUACUGAUGAUGAAGUUUCUGUAGGCAGUUACUCAAGUCGUUCUCAGGAGUAUUUUUCAGCUGAAGAUCAUUGUCAUAGAGAAAGAGAUGAAGCUAUUGACAAGAAAGCUAGACGGAAAUUAAUAAUUGCAUGUGUAUUAUGUGUUAUAUUUAUGAUUACUGAGAUAGUUGGUGGAAUAUUAUCGAACAGUUUGGCAAUAGCAACGGAUGCAGCUCAUUUACUUACAGACUUUGCAUCAUUUUUAAUAUCAUUGCUUUCGCUAUGGAUCGCGAGUCGACCUGCAACGAGAAAAAUGCCAUUUGGCUGGUACAGAGCUGAGAUUAUUGGAGCGCUUACUUCGGUUUUGUUGAUAUGGGUAGUAACUGGAAUACUUUUUUACCUCGCUGUUGAAAGAAUAGUCAACAAAGACUUUGAAUUGGAUGCUGAAAUGAUGUUGAUCACUUCUGUCAUUGGCGUUGCGGUAAAUCUCGUAAUGGGGUUGACACUACAUCAACACGGCCACAGCCAUGGCCACGGUCAUGGACAUGAGCACGGACAUGGUCACAACCAUGAAAAAGAUCAGAAUAUUAAUGUCAGAGCUGCUUAUAUUCAUGUUAUUGGCGAUUUUAUUCAGAGUACUGGCGUUUUUAUUGCUGCCUUGAUUAUUUAUUUCAAGCCAACUUGGAGUAUUGUUGAUCCCAUUUGUACAUUUUUAUUCUCCGUGCUUGUAUUGUUUACGACAAUAGCUAUUAUCAAAGAUGUAAUGAAUGUUUUAAUGGAAGGGAUACCCAAAGGUUUUGAGUAUUCAGAAGUUGAAAAUAUUUUCAUGCAGAUUGAAGGCGUCGUAAAAGUUCACAAUCUCAGAAUUUGGGCUUUGUCACUCGAUAAAACCGCACUCUCAGCUCAUCUUGCCAUUAAUCCUGGUGCCAGUCCACAACAUAUCCUUCGUACAGCGACGAGGAAUAUUCACGAUCGGUAUAAUUUCUUUGAAAUGACAUUACAAAUCGAAGAAUUCAAUGAAAAAAUGGAAAAUUGUAAGCAAUGUAAAUCUUUACAAUAA